AUGACGUUAAGUUACCAUUUCCCUACUGCUCCUCCAGUGGAUCCAUUUGCCAAAAUCAAAGUGGAUGACUGUGGAAAAACUAAGGGAUGCUUUAGAUAUGGCAAGCCGGGCUGUAAUGCAGAGACCUGUGACUACUUCCUUAGCUAUAGGAUGAUAGGGGCUGAUGUGGAAUUUGAGCUGAGUGCAGACACAGAUGGCUGGGUAGCAGUUGGAUUCUCUUCAGACAGGAAAAUGGGUGGUGACGAUGUCAUGGCCUGUGUCCAUGAUGACAAUGGCAGGGUCCGCAUACAACACUUCUAUAAUGUAGGCCAGUGGGCAAAGGAGAUUCAGAGAAAUCCUGCCAGAGAUGAAGAAGGAGUCUUUGAGAACAAUCGAGUCACCUGCAGAUUUAAACGCCCUGUGAACGUCCCCAGAGAUGAAACAAUUGUCGAUCUGCAUUUGAGUUGGUAUUAUCUGUUUGCUUGGGGUCCAGCCAUUCAGGGGUCUAUCACGCGACACGAUAUAGACUCACCACCAGCAUCAGAGCGUGUUGUCAGUAUUUACAAGUAUGAAGACAUUUUUAUGCCAUCAGCUGCCUAUCAGACCUUCUCCUCUCCGUUUUGUUUGCUUCUCAUUGUUGCCCUGACCUUCUACUUAUUGAUGGGAACCCCUUAAUUACAGCUGCAAAGCCAACACAUUAAAUGGAUUAGAAAAUCUUUAGCAUAUAUUUUUAAAGACUAUGCAGUCUAAUUUUAGCUUCUGUUGUUUAAAAAAAAAAAUACUCAUGAUUUCAGCUUUUCGGAAGAACAAGCAAGCUUCUUUUCUAAUCAAAGUGGAUAGUUUAAUAAUGACCCCAUACCUCUGGAAAGUACUUAAAACUUUUCUAAGCACUUUCAAAUAAGUUUUCUUAUUUGAGCUUCACAUCUCUGAGUUGGCUUGAUGAAAAUUAUUGUUGCUGUCUUACUGAAUAGGACUUGAGACCCAGGAAGGCUGCCUUUUUGUGACCCACAUGCCAUGUAGUCAUGGCUACUUGUCACUUAACACAGAGCAAGGUAGAAAAAAGAGCAAGGCACAGAAAUCAUGUCUCUAAACAGCCUUUACUUUUCCAACUAUAGCUCGGGAGACUUACUUGGAAUAUUACAAAAGAGAACUUCUCUGGAUGGCCCUAGCUCAAAGUCAGCCUUUCGGGCACAUUUCCAUAAAGCUUAAAUGCUUUUGAGUACUUUACACAGCUGAUGGGGAAAAUGGAGGAGGUUAAAGAGAUGAAAUGGUUCAUAUUUAUUUGAAACUUCCUCUCGAUUAGUGAAUAGCUUAUGAGAAAACAUUUUUUAUUGUUGUUAGAAAGAUUAGAAACAGCUGAGUGUUCCUGAAGAUGUAAAAUUAUGUUAAUAAUAAAAAUGUGGGCAUUCUUAGCAAUUAGAAUUUGGACCCUUCUACCACUGUAUUUUAUAAAUUAAGGUAUUCAUCUGUGGUUACAGCUAAUUUUCUUGUCAGAGUCAGCAUAUAUUGUGAUUAAAUACGUAAUAUAAUAUUCAAAUCAUCUUAAUAAAAAUUUAAGGCAUUUUGAUAAUAAAUCGACAUUUUUGGAGAUUGUGGAAAUUUGGAGUAGAAAUGUUUUACGGAUGAGAUUUUUUUUUUUUUAAUUAGAAAAUGGAAAAUGACCCGUAAAUUGAAUUCAGCUAGAUUAUCCAUUCAGACUUGUUCAGACUUGUAAAUUGGAUUGGCAGUCAGCAUAAUUUAUAAUAAUACUUUGACUUAAUGCAUUUCUUUUUUUUCAAAGAAACCCUAAGUUUCCUUUGUUCCAAAUGUCUGUGUUAAUAGCCCAUUUAGAAGAUGAGAAUCUAAGGAGAUGAUUAUUUUGCUGAGGCAUUUCCAUUGUAGAGGUCUGGAGUCCUGUGGCUUGCCUGGCUGUCCCCCCCUCCCCCCCCCCCCCACCAAUUCCUUUAAAGCCGGGUCCAACUUUAUGGGUUGUCUUUUUUUUUUUUUUUAUUAAAUAACACUGGAGACUGUGAUUUCUAAUGCCAUCCUUGGAAUUCAUGUCAAAGGUGAAAGUCCAGCUAUGGAGAGAACUUUCCAGAUUCUUCUGGAACUGAACAAAAAUAAGGAAAACACUGAGAUUCUGCAACAUCGCACAGUUCGCCAAGCACGUCUGAGGGACUUAGGAGAAAUAAUCUUCAUUGCAGAUGGAGGGAAGUCAGAUGACGUCAGCCGAGCAAUGGAACUGGGUAGGAUUCAAACUCAAGACAUCUGGUUCAAGUCCUUGGUCCCACCUACCAUCUGCUCAUAACUAAACCCUCUUCGGUUGUGGCUGAGGAUGGCCUGUGCAUCACGUUCUAAGCUGUAGUGGUUGUUUAGUAGUGAAGAUACUAAAUAUGCAGUCUCCCACAUUGUAAAUAAGAAAGAAAAUAUUUUUAUUUUUUUAUUAUAAGAAAGAAAAUAUUUCAUUCUCUUGUGUGUAUAAUAUUUCAGCUAUAAAUAGGUUAAAACUAAAGGGACACUUCAGCUAGUCUCUGUAGCUGGCAGGGAGGGGAUAAAUUAAUGGAUUUUCCUUCUACUUACAUUUCAAGUCAAGAAAUUACUUCAGGAAUUGUUUCUACUUUGAUUACCAGUUUUGCAUACUUGUGCUUAGAACUUUCAAUGAUUUCUCACUGCCAUUAGUGUAAAAUGCAAACACUUUGAUUACUUCCAAUAUCAUCUUUUGUCACCACCCCUCACUGGGUAUGACUUAGCAAGACUGAACUGCUCUCAUUUCUUCAGACCUGCUAUCUCACCUCUCAUGUUCCCUGUGCCCAAACAUUUUUCACGUCCUGUGAAAGCAUUUCUUCCUCCAACCCCCUGGACUAGGUGGGUUUAGAUCCCUGCCAAACGCUUCCAUAGCACCCUGGGCUCCCCCAUAUGUGCUUUCCCAUCCAUACAUUACUGUAAUUGCUGGCUCAUCCUCCCUGCUAACUCCCUAAUGCAGGGACCAUUUCUUGUAACUCAUCGUUGUAACAGAUACUACUGCAUAGUAGAUACUCAGCAAACAUUUGUUGAAUGAAUAAAUAAAUGAAACUGUACUUCUUUGGCAAGUUUGGUUCAGAAGACUUGUAUUUCAUAGACACUGUCAGACUGGUCAACGCUUUUACAUUCUUCCACCUGUAAUUGAAGUGUAAAUCAUCUCUUUAGCAAACACUGAAUUUGUCUUUUGAAAUGUAAAUAGGAAGAUCAUUAGUAACAACUGCUGUUUUGCCCGACAAAACAUAGUUGACAUUUUUAAUAGUAAUCAUUGUUCAGAAAUAAGAAUCUACAGACCAAGGAUGCAGAACAGCUUUUAACCAUUGUCUGGGAGAAUCAUCAAUUUAUAGAUAUACUGAAGUUAAAACUCUGUAGACUCCAAUUUCAUUCAUUCUUACCUAAUAUAAGAGAAUCAACUUCUAUUUUAUCUCUGUAUUCCAUUUUCUAACAUAGUUCUUGUUACAGGGGAAAUACCUAACCAGUGUCUUUUUGUAAAUGGCUGGAGUUGAACAAUAAUGCCUGCUAUAUGUAAUUAGUGCUGUUGUAAGCACUGUACAUGGAUUAACUCAUUUAAUCCUCACAACAACAUAGGAAGUAGAUUCUAUUACUAAUCCAAUUUUACAGUUGAAAAAACAGACUAGUUACUUGGCGUAAAUGACCAGUGCUGGCAAGGACUUUAGAGACCAUUUACUCCAGUGCACUUAGUUUGUAAAAGGGCAGCUGAGGCCUAGGGAGGUGAUAUGAUUUCCUACACAUUCAUGUCUUCAUCCACAUUCAUUAAAGCUUGUAUUAAACGGAACCCACUAUCCACACUCAAAUUAACCAGGUGAUUCCUUUUUUCCCCUUUAGUAAUUUACAAUGAAAAAGAGGACUCUUUAUAGUUUCAUUUGGGGAAAGGGGCACAUUUUACUUUCUAUCAGCCAAUCAUUUUAGUGCUUUUAAUGGUUAAAAAAAAAUAAUACUACCACUGAGGUUGUGUGUCAUUCCUAGCUCUAGCCUAGUGGUCAGCAAAUUUUUUAUAGAAAGGGCCAGAUGGUAGAUAUUUUUGGCUUCGUGGUCUCUAUUUCAGCCGUUCAACUCUGUCAUAGAUAACAGUAAACCAAUAAGCAUGGCCGUGUUCCAAUAAAACUUGAUUGACAUUGAAAUUAGAAUUUCAUCUAAUUUUUACAUGUCACAAAUAUUCUUCUUUAGAUUAAUCAAAACAUUUAAACAUCUAAAAAAAUAUUCUUAGCUUGUGGGCCUUACAGAAAUAGGUGGCAGGUUGGAUAUGGCCUGUGGGCGACAGUUUUCCCACACUUGCUCUCAACUAAGAGAUACAUCUAUGUGUUGUGAUCAGUUGUAAAGUACACUACCAGUAAUGUAUUACUGGUUAAUUGUAAAAAUAUUGAAGUUAGUGAAUAAUUUGUUUAAAUAAAUUAUGGUUGACUUAUUGUCUCAAUGAUGGCAUUCCCAUGCACUUCCGCUCUAAUCUGUUGUUCAGAACUGGGGCAAAAGAGAUGGCAGUUAAGUCAGAGCUGAGUAAGCAGCAAUUUUGUUUUACCUUAACUGGCAGUCAUGAAUGACAUUUACUGUUGCAUUGCUCUUCCUGGUGGGGAUUACAAUGUUUCAGAGUAAUAUAUUUCCCUGUAGACAGUUUUUCUUAAAGUUUUAUCAAAAUUCGCUAUACCCACAGGAAUAUUUUACUCAUGUGACGAUGGCAUCUACCUUGUAUAUCAUAAUGGAAAAAUGUUUGAGAACCACUUCUAUAGGUCAGAUGCUGAGAUGUACAUACUUUGUUGUACAUAAUUGUAUGUCUUCGUUCUCUA